AUGGCGAAUGACGAACCCAGCACUGCACCGGAGCCUGAUCGCUGGUAUGACCUAACCCUAGGCCCUUCCUUCAAAGAUCAGUCCAAGUUCUGUACCCUCCGCUAUGAAUUCAAGCCGGCUUCCAUUGAUAAGAGCCAGCCAGGAGUGCUCCACAAGGAUGGCAACAAAGGGGUGACGGUGGAGUACAACAACAACCAACCUGGGAAACCCAAGCUCAUCUUCCAAGGUGUGAGCGACGAGGAUUACAAAGAGAACGACGCCGUGCUCUUCUUCGAUGGCCAUUCCUUCCGCCUCGAACGCCUCCAUCGCGCCGUCAAGCGCUUGAAACAUGUCCGGCUGCCCGGCGAGGCGUUGGCGGCUACUCCUCCUUCUCGACAAAUGUCGGUUCAGAUGAUGGAACAUAUGAUUACUAGUGGGCAGACGCUAGCUUCUGAACAAGAAGAAGAAAGGAGUGGGAAUGACUUUUGUCUUCUUCCUCCAAAUCCAUCAGCCUCAUCGCCACCACAUCGGAAAAAGAACGGAGGUGGAGAGAUCAUGGAUACAAUGCUUGACUGCGGAUCUGAAGAAGACAUAGACAUAGUCAAUGGUGAUGAUGAUAACAACAAUGAUUCUGAGACAUCCAACAAAAACAAUGCAAGUGGAAUGAGGGCACAUGCGCUUCUGGACAUUGAUAUAAACUUGCCACAACAAGCUGAAACCGACGAUGAGAUUGCUGAAGUCGAUAUAAGCGAUGAUGACGAUGAUGAGGGAAAGGGCCCUAAUGCAGCAGAAGCCCUCAAGGCUCAGGUGGGUGUACAAGACAGGAAGGACGAUGUUGAUGAUGAUUGUCAAUCUUCUAGCUCCGGCACUAGCAGUGAUAGUGACAGUAGCGGAAGUGAACGAGGAAGCAGUAGUAGCAGUCACACGGAGACCACCAGUGAAGGCAAAAUCUCCCCAUCAGAGUGA